AGCCCACAGACACUGAUCUAAAAACCCCUUUUAUCACACAAAUGUGUGGAGCAGGGAGAGAGAAAUCAAUGGCUUCUUCUUCUUCUGACCACCAUAGCACUCAAAUGGAUGACUCUGGAAUUGAUCAAUCCCAACACCACAACAAACCCCCUCCUUCUUCUCUCCAUGGAAGAAGAUCAAGAACUCCUCUCAACAGAUAUGCUCUGGCUUGUGCUCUCUUGGCUUCAACCAAUUCCAUUCUCUUGGGUUAUGAUAUUGGGGUGAUGAGUGGGGCAGUGCUAUACAUAAAAGACAACCUCAAGAUCUCAUCAACCCAGGUAGAGAUUUUGGUUGGUUCACUGAAUGUGUGUUCACUGAUAGGAUCUUUUGCCUCCGGCAAGACCUCCGACAUGAUCGGACGGCGAUACACCAUCGUCCUGGCAUCAGCAACAUUUCUACUUGGCGCACUCCUAAUGGGUCUCGCACCCUCUUUCGCUUUCCUCAUUUCGGGUCGUGUUGUAGCCGGAAUCGGAGUCGGGUACUCCCUCAUGAUCGCUCCAGUCUACACCGCCGAGAUAUCUCCGGCAAUGACACGUGGCUUCCUCACCUCACUCCCUGAAGUCUUCAUCACCAUUGGGAUCUUAAUUGGGUAUAUCUUCAACUAUUCACUCUCUGGUUUACCAGAGAAUAUAAAUUGGAGGCUAAUGCUGGGCCUUGCGGCGGUUCCAGCGAUCGCCGUGGGCAUUGGGGUCAUGGCGAUGCCGGAGUCGCCACGGUGGCUCAUCAUGAAAGGCCGGUUGGACGAGGCGAGGCAGGUUUUGAUAAAAACAUCGGAAAACGAAGAAGAAGCCGAGUUGAGGCUCGAAGAAAUCACGAAAGCCGCCUCGGAAACCGUGGAUGCCCCGCCCGAAGGAACUUCUCGGGCCGGCUGGCAUGGAGAAGGGGUUUGGAAGGAGUUAUUUCUAAGGCCCACUAGGCCCGUUCGCCGGAUUCUGAUCGCCGCCAUCGGAAUCAACUUCUUCAUGCAAGCAUCCGGCAACGACGCGGUGGUUUACUACACACCGGAGGUUUUCAAGGCGGCCGGGAUUCACAAUCGUAAGCAACUCGUCGGAGUCACGGUGAUCAUGGGGGUUGCCAAGACUUCUUUUGUUUUUGUCUCAGCCCUUUUCUUGGACCACUUUGGUAGAAGGCCUCUUUUGUUAACGGGCUCAAUUGGAAUGGCAUUUUCUUUAUUGGGGCUGGGCUUGGGAUCCAAGUUUCUCGAGCAUUCGGACCACAAGCCCACCUGGGCCAUAGCGUUGUGUGUCGUGGCGGUGUGUGCUGAUGUUUCUUUCUUUUCGAUUGGGCUUGGGCCCAUUACAUGGGUCUACUCGUCAGAGAUUUUUCCGAUAAGGUUGCGGGCUCAAGGGUCGAGCUUGGCGGUGUCGGUGAACCGACUGGUGAGCGGGGUGGUGGCGAUGACAUUUUUGAGCAUUUCAAAAAAGAUUUCUUUUGGGGGAAUGUUUUUUGUGCUUUCUGGAAUCAUGGUGUUUGGGACGAUUUUCUUUUACUUCUUUUUGCCGGAAACGAAAGGGAAAAGCUUGGAAGAGAUUGGGAAACUCUUUGAGGACAAAAGUAGUAGUACCAGCAAUGUUAGGGCAAGGGAAAUGAGUGAAAUAUAGUGUAAUUAAGAUGUUUGACAUUAGAAGUAACAGAGUUUUUUUUUUUUUUCUUUUUUUCUUUUUUUUAAAAUUAUGUACACAGAUUCCAAAUAAAGAAAUAUAUUUAAAAUAA